UGUAAAAAAUUUCUUCCUAAUAUCCAACCUAAACCUCCCCUGGCAAAGCUUAAGACCAUGUGUGUGACUGUCCCACCACUCCAAAGGCAGGAGCCACUUCCAGCCCUUUGCCCGCCUCCCCAGCACUUUCUUCCUCUCAUAAUUAAUUCCUGCCUUUGCCAGCUCACUGAUGUCCUCACAGAGAACAAUGUCCAAGUUCAUGACCGCCCCGAACCCACGCCGUGUUCCCGUGCUGUGUGGGGCACUUAAUCCACAGGGCAGGGCAGGGUGUUGGCAGCUGAUGCUGUCCCUGGUGCCUUCUCACUCUUAAUAACCCUGCCAAAGGUACGUUUCAUUUGAGUUAGGAGUUUGUGUGUACCAGUCAUGUCAAGUGUAAAAAUAAUCCUUUUCCCGUAACACAACUGCAAAGAUCAUUUCUCAAGCCAGUAAUUUUGACCACACGUCUCUUUACUUUCUUGAUUUGCUUUCAAGGUCAUUCUUUGGCUAUGAUUCAUUAGGAGAUGACAACUCUCAACAAUUCCUGACACCAGCUUACACCACCCGCUUGUUUUGUUUUUGGAUAAAUAGCUCUAUGUUUUCUUUCAUUCUGACUCUCAGGUAUGGGAAAGGAUAUUUUUUGGAGUCUCCAGUAACUCAGUUUGGAAGCUGGCAUGCCGAGUCUUGUACUUGCUGUAUUGAUUGUUAAUGCCUCAUUAUUUUUUCAUGCUUCUCUAUCUGUUCACUGCCUGCUCACCAUGUGUUUGAACUGCACUCUUUUUGUUUUGUGUUUUUACAGCAUCUAACAUGGUAUGUUCCUGUCCGUGAUUAGAGCUCCAAAGUGUUAUGGCAAUACAAUGAAUAAGUUGCAACUACGGAAAUCAACUGUACAGGGAAAUCAAGGUCCCCUCUUCAUGUCUCUUGAUCUUCACCAGACUUGAAGAACCUGUAGUUCUUGGAGCUGGAGUUUCCACAAGCGGCUACAAUGUCUGUAAUAUAAAGCAAUUAAGCGAUUGGUAGUUGUAUUGUUGAGCCAGUUGGAGGGACAAAUAUGUCAUCUACUGCUGAAGGACUGAGGGACAAGGAAUAGGUUCCUGUAAGUGUCCGUGAAAUUCCACAAAGAGUGAUAUUGUUAACUCAGGGGCAACCUUUUGGGACAUCUGAGUUCCAGGAUCUCCACGGCUGUUCCAUGUCUACACUGCCUUCAAAGGAAGCACAGAGAGGGGGUUGCCUUCACAGCACCCUCAAAACAAUUGAGAAUCAGCUCAUUUUGUACAGCUCUUCCUUCCCUGACAGCCCUUCCUGUUAAAAGAUGCAGUCUCUGUCUAAUAUUUGCCUUCAAAGAGCUGAUGGAAUUGUUUGACAUUUAGCCAAGAUAUUUGCUAUAACUGGAGCUUGAACACUGGGACUUUGGAACUGAGGUACUGGUUAAAGUAUCAUCUGUCUGGGGGGAUUUCCAGCAACUAAUGAUUUUGAAGGUUGGCUUUACUGAUCAUGGAAUGGAAUCCCCGCUGGCGGCCGGAGCGGGUUUGCGGGCGGAACGCUCGCGGGGGCACCGCGGCGCGGCGGAACCGUCCCGUGUGCACUUCCGGCGCCCUCCCGCCUCGCCGCUCCAUGGCCGCGUCCGUGGAUUUCAAAACCUAUGUGGAUCAAGCUUGUAGAGCUGCAGAUGAGUUUGUCAAUAUUUAUUAUGAGACAAUGGAUAAGAGGAGAAGGGCUUUAACCAGACUAUAUUUGGACAAAGCCACGUUAGUUUGGAAUGGGAAUGCAGUGUCUGGGCAAGAAGAACUAAAUAAAUUUUUUGAAAUGUUGCCAUCAAGUGAGUUCCAGGUUAAUGUGUUGGACUGCCAGCCUGUUCACGAACAAGCUACUCAAGGCCAGACAACAGUGCUCGUGGUGACAAGUGGGACUGUCAAAUUUGAUGGCGAUAAGCAGCGCUACUUCAAUCAGAACUUCUUGCUGACAGCACAGGCCACCCCGACCAACACCGUGUGGAAGAUCGCCGGGGAUUGCUUCCGCUUCCAGGACUGGGCCAGUUAGCAGGGACUGCCAGGGAAGUGACCUCUCUCAUUUGGCACGAAGGAGUCCACUGUGCAGGCAGCUGUUCUCCCCAGGGAACACACGCGCUCUUUGUGUUGCAUCUGUUGUUAUGGAAGGUCCGCAGAUCCUUCGGGGUUGGUUCCAGUGACCACGGCUUUAGUAAUAAUCUUAAAAUGUGAGAGGUUGCUCGUGUUAGUUGAAUUUAGUGAAGUGCUGAAGGCAGUGAGCUGUACUCGAAUCAUUCCUCAAAUGCCUUACAUGCAGCUGUGCUGCCGCUGCUGAAUGCUCAAACUCUGCUAUUUAAGUACAAAAUCCUAUUCAUAUACAAUUCUGACCAAAUGUAGUUUUUUUUCAACUUGAAAAGACCUGUUUUUACAGUAGCAUCUUCUCUUUUUUGAAGAAGAUGCUUGUGGCAUGUGGAUGGAAUUCCGAAAGCUACCUACUCCUGGUUGUAAGAGGCUGGGAAGGAUUGCAGUGGUUUCUACUGUUUGUGAAAGGAGCAAAUCUCUCAAUCCAUUGGAAAGGUAAUGUUACCUUCUCUGAUGUGAUAGAACUAAAUAAUCUCAUCAGGUUUCCUUCUGGUCUGAGCUUCCCAGACUUUGGUCAUGGUUAAUUUACAUGGAUUCACAUGUAGGGCAUGCUGAAUGAUUCGGAGCUCCUGUGCCAACAACUUGCCACAUGCAUGUAAAGGACUUCAAACUGAAUAUUUUUCUUUUGAAGUCUUACAGUGACCUAGAAAUAGGUUGGUAACAUGAUUUCUGUUUGCUUUAACUGUUCAUUCUGUUGUUAUGAGGUUUGGACUAUUUUUCCUAUGUUAAGUCUGCAACUUUUGAAUCCUUUUUGUCUUUUCAAGAACCAUUGUAGUUACAAAGUGGCACUGAAAGUGUGUAUUACUGUGAAGCCUUCAAUUUUUCUCUUCAGUACUGUUAUUCAGAACAGGUGCUUGAAUUAUUUUCAAGAACAGCAGCUCUGCACCACAAACACUAUCUUCCUCUCAUGCAGGUUUUUACUGUAUUUUUCAUGUUCUUUGUAAACAUGGCCUUUAAUUAUUGAUUCUGGGGCGUUUUGUGUGUCUUGCUUUGAAUUUGCAGUUUAAAGCUUUCAGCUGCUUUAAAAUAGUUUUCAAGACUGCAGGUUAAGAGUGUCUGUCUUAACUUGGGAACUUAAGAGUAAAUCUGGAUAUCAGCAGAUUUGUUUCAAAUUGGUCUGUUUCUGUUUUAAGCUGAGUAAAAAACAAACAAACAAACCCCAAAAUGUAGCUGUAUCUGUGAGCACUUGCUUGUAACUAAAAAUACAGGAGGGGAGCCUGUAACUCCCAUCAUAACCCGUGUGACAAUGACAACAGCAGUCUGAAAGCAGUUACAGCUGCAGCUCACUGGUUCUAUGGCUUAAAUGGAGAAAACUGUGAAAAUGAGCAAUAUCUGACAUGUGUAAAACAUCCUAAAGCAUCUGUAGUUUGCAAUAUAAUCCCACAAAUAACGGAGUGUUUAGGUGAAAUGGGCGGCUGUAUUUCCUUUUCAGGCCCUCUAGUCUUUACAGCAGUAAGUUAGAAUUAGUAAUUUGUGUCUAUUCAGAGGCUGUUUAUGGUCAGAAGUAUUGUGUACCUAUUUUUCAGGCUGAAGAAUUUGAAUUCCUGCAGACCAGUGCAGGAACAGAAUUUUUGAAAACUGUAAAUAUUGUAAAUACGUUGUUAUUUCUGUAUGUAGUGAAGAAAGGAUCACUCUAUUUAAUUACUGUUUGUUCUUAAGAGAAUACGCAAUGUUCAUAUAUUUGUAUUUCCUAUACAAAAGUUUGAAAAGACAACAUAACCCUAAACAUGCCUGUAACUGGUACAGCAUUGUUGAACUGUGACACUGGUGUGGUGUACUCUACUGGCUGUUUAAUUUGCUCUUGAUUGUGUAAGUGGUGUUACAGAUCUGCUUUGCAAACACAAAACAGGUUUUGCCUUUUAAAAUGUAGUAAUGGGUGCAACUGUAGCAUUGGCUUGUUGGACUUUGAAGGCGGUCACCAGAACACACACUUAUAUCAGUACCUGAUAAGAUUGUCAUGUGAAUAAAUACUUUUUGGAUAUUUUUAUCCAAGUUUGAA